AUGAAGUACACCAGGAUCGAGGAUAAAACGACUCUCGGCAGGAAGCCCGUCCUUGCCAAGGAUCUUGGACAUCAGAAAUGGUUUCAGAGAUUCGCCUAUCGGUUUGCGACUAUUGCCGGUGUCUUUGCACUUGCGGCUGUUGUCCUUCGUGGAGGUCUUCAGAUCCAGCCUGUUCGUCGGUCCAAGAUGCCCCACCUAUCUUCUUCGCAUCGAAACAAGCUCAAGACAGCGACUUCAAGCAAGCAUGAAAAGUUGCUCCCUGCUCCUUCUCUCUUUCAGAGUUUUGAGUUUCGUGUACCCAAUGGAGUGAAAGCUGGAAGUGAAAUCCAUGUGCUGCUACCAGGACUCAAGGAACUUCAGACUGUCAAGCUCCCCAGCAAGAUCUCAGCUGGGGAGAUGCUGAGCAUUCAGAUCCCCAUGUCAACCCUCGAGGAGGAGGAGAAGGGGAGAAACUCGACGAAAGAGGAGAGUAGAAGAGUGCCUGUUUCAGGAGAGGAUCAAGUUGUGGAAGAGGUUGAGGCCGUUGCGGAUGAUGUGGAGAUGACGUGGCAUAAAUUCUUUCUGCUCAUCGUAGUUAUAUUUGGCGGUUCUGUUAUCAUCUUCCAGUCUUUCCGAGGAAUCUUUUAUGGAUUCGAACCUCUGGAGGUCGACGCCAAGAAAAUCGUCGACCACCCUUGCCGACACAGCUCUCACAAGAUCCGCGACAUGGCAGACAAGGAGAUGUCGAUGAGAGCUGCGAACACCUCGGUCUACAGCGAAACCAUCGCCAGGAAGGAGCUCGCGUGCCCCCUCUGUCAGACCAAACAAUCUCGACAGAUUAGGGAAGUUGGAAGGUCCAAUGUUUUCAUCCAGCGGAGUCUGUCUGCGGACAACAAGAACAAUGAGCAAACGGCAUCUGACGAGGACGUUCAGAUCGAGUUUGAUUCCCAACGAGAUGACAUGCAAAAGGCUGCUACGGCUGAUCCUCUGGCGAUGUUUUCCCAAGAAUCAGAACCGCUCGACUUCACUUCCAACAAAGUCUUCGACGAGGUCUGGAUGAGGGGCAAAUGGCUUCUGAUCCUCAUGAUCUUCCAAAGCUUGUCCGGUUUCAUCAUGCAAAACUUCGAGGACCUGAUUCAGUCGCACGUCGUAAUUGCUCUCUUCAUGACGAUGCUCAUCGGCUGCGGAGGGAACGCAGGAGGACAAUCUGUCGCAAAAGCUGUGCAUGAGAUUGCUGACCAGCACAUUCCUGCUGAUAAGGCCUGGCGACUUGUGAUAAGCUGGGCCGCAUGGGUUCGUGUCUGGUUCUUCCAUGGAGGGACAAGGAACUCCGUCUCGAUUGCCCUCUCCAGCACCCUCAUCGUCUUUGUCUCCAUCAUUCUCGGUGGCAUCUUACCCUACACCAUGCAUGCCAUGGGCUUCAAUGUGGUACAAGCGGGAGCUGUCAUCCAGCCCAGCCUGGGCAGGGAAGCAGAUCUCAACCUGAUCAGCAUGAACCUCCGGAGCGAGGAAUCCGGAGAAGUGUUGUUGGACUUUGAGGAGAUAGAUCCGCAUCUGCCUCUGAUUGAGAUUGGACGAGCCGUCGAGCACAACCACGCAGAAGACUUUCUCCGGCCGCUUCAACCGCAUGGAGAUGGUGAACGAGACAGGCUUGUUGAUGUUGGUCUGUGCGAAGGUCACAGCACGAGAGAAGAUCCACAUGCCAUGAGACUGAUCGAAGAGGCUCUCAAGCGACGUGCCAACACAUCGCUCAGGCGCCAUGUCGAACAUGCUUGA